ACAUUACUUGAGACGAUCUUAAAAUAAAAUUCGACUAUGAAUACCGACCUUUGAGUUAUUGUUGUAAACAGGCCUCAAUCGUCGUAUCGUCUGAUUAUAGCAAGAGACGAGAGGGUUGCAAUGGUUGUGACUCACACAUGUUCGUACGGUGUCAAAAAGGCGGGAAGUCGUGAGCAUGUCGCAUAAACGUGAUACCGUGUUAGCUCCUCGUACCACUGAGAGAGAUGAGCGAUGUAAAUACUUCAUUUGAUAUCGCAACGUGAAAAUGAUUUUCACGAAGUGUUUAUAGUUGCGUCAUUAAUCCCGUUAUCGAAGCCCUGAACGCCUUAUAAGCACGUUUAACGUUGCUUAACAUUACCCUUCUUGAUGUUAUACAUUAGCAUUUCUAACAUCCGUUAGUUUUUUUGUUGUUGGAGAAUAUUUUUAUUAUUUUUCAAAAAUUUUCGAGAAAGUUGAAGGAAAGGAAAAGCGUACCACGUUUCUAAUGAAAUAAAAUUGAACAGAGUAAAGCAGAAGAAGAAGAGCUAGGUUACAGAGAAUAUAUCUGAACAUGAAAGACAUCGAGCAGUAUUUCGCUAACGGCAGAAAUAUCAACAAAGAGGCCACCGCUACCGAUGACAAUGUCGCGGAACAAGAGGCGCGAAAACAGGAAGAGAUUAUUAUGAUGGGUAAACGCAAACGUGUAAAGAUUCGCAUAUUGCGCGAUGGCUCCACUAAUAGAAUGUGCGACAUAAUUGACAAUAGCGAUCUGAUCGACAAAACGCCCAGUCCGUUUAAUGGUGAGGUAAACGACGGUCAGAGAACUCGGCAGGACAAAACGCCAAAAUCAUGUUUAACAGAGUCGAGAGUGAAACGACGUUUUGAGAAGCAUUCAAAGCGUACUGUGAAAACAAAUGGCAAUCAGUCUGAAGAAACAGAUAAUAUCUCACAGGAAAAAGAAUUAAAUGAACAAAUUAUUGUGGAUUUUGAUAACUCUUCCAAUGGUGUUAUUAAUUGUAAUGAUGAGUCAAAUGUUGAAUUUCACAAUGAAAUUGGUUCUCAGCGGGAAGAAUCGAAUGCCUUUCAGAUACUGAUGAGUCGUAGUAAACCAAUACAAUAUAAAUCACCACAGCAAUCGACAGAAGGCAUUGAAAGUACAGAGAAAUUGGACUAUGUAAAAGAAUUCAAAUUGAAAUGCAAAGAAAAACUGAUAGUUCUGGCCGAUAAAAAAGGAUAUUCGAAAAAGAAAAUAGCAGAAAUGGAAGAGGAUGAAAAAAUAGAAAGGAAUAUUGAAAAUCGCAUGAGGUUCUUUAAAGUCGAAAGUAAAAGCAAUGGUAUACAUAAAAAAGAUCACAGCUUUGAUUUGCCAAUAAAAAAUAAACACUCUAGCAACUUGCUGGAUUAUUUUAGUAAAUCACCUUUAAAAUUGGCAAAUAAAGAUGAGAAAUGUAUGUCUACUUUUAUUGUAAAAGCGGAUGUACACAGGGCUGAUAAUUCUGAUGUUGAACCAAUAAAACCAUCAAUAAACGAGAGAUAUUCUGAUAAAAAGUGUCUAAAAUCAGAGCUGGAUUUCUCUACAGCAGACGAUAUUCACAUUAUAGCAUCUGAGAAUCUGUUUUCUCCACAGUCUGUCAAACAAGAUAAACAAAAACGGGAGAAACCUCGUUGGUCUUUACGUAUAAAAUUACAUUCUUUUGCGGACAAUGAUUCUCUAAAUGAUACUGAUGACGAAUUGUUUUCACCAAGAAGCAAAUCAAAGUUUAAUUCCUUGAAUAAAUCUGAAAAUUUUGUAGAAGAUAAUGAAGUUUAUAUAAAAGAUUACAAUCGACAUCUUAAAAUAAGAGUACGAAACAAGGAAAAAAAAGAAUUGAUUAUAAAAGACAGUAACAUUUCGAGUAUUAUCAAAGAAAUUUCUUCUGUGGAUGCUGCUAAUAGAGAUACUGAUUCGAAAAAAUCAAACAAAACUGAUAAAAAAGAACAAAAAAUUAAUGACACUAGUGAAAUGGCUGUUAAUACAGUAAUCAAUAAUUUCGAGUGCAAGAUCGGUGAGAACGUUCUGAAGAGAAAACCGAAUGAAAAGCUGGCACCUUUAUUCACUAAACGACGUAAAACAGAUCCGACUGUUACGGCGGCCAAACGUUUAUUUUUGCAAUCGGAUAUAGUUGACGCAGAGAAUAAAAAUACAGAUCGUAAAGCGAACAAAAGUACGUUAUCCAUGGCACAUCAAUUCCCCGCUAUCAGUCAUGUUACACAAUUGAACAACGAAUUGGAUUCGAUGAGAUUCGAAAUCAAAUAUACAUUUCCGAUAAAAAUCGAAAAAAAAUAUUUACCUUUGAUAGACGUUAGUAAUUACAAAUAUAUUACUAAUUAUGAGAAAGCAUCAAGGAAGACGAAAAUAAUUAAUAAACUUGUAAAAGAAGACAUUGAGCGAGCAUUAUCGGAAAUUGAAGUCGUAUAUCCGGAUGUGCGAAAAAUGUGGAAGACUAUAUCGAGCAUUAAAGGCGAUUUAGAAAAGACGAUUCGGACAAGAGGUAGAAAAACGAGAGCGCUUGAACGAAAGAAAAUAUUAACGGAUAAUAUCGAGAACGAAGAGAAUCAUUUGCAUAAUUGCGCGUGGACGCAUAAAUAUAAACCGAUGAGCACGCAAGAGAUAGUUGGAAAUGAAGAGGCCGCAGGCAAGCUAAGAGAUUGGCUAAGUGGUUGGAGGGCAUCCUUAACAAAAGAAACUGACGGUAGCAGCGGCGACGAGUUUUAUUCCUCGGAUUGCAGUUCUUCGUACAACAAUGAAAAUAAUCAAAUCGCUGUCUUAUUAGGACCUCACGGCAGCGGAAAAAGUGCGAGCGUGUAUGCAAUAGCGGAGGAAUUUGGUUACAGUGUACUCGAGGUGAACGCUUCUUCGAGACGGACUGGAAAAAGAAUCUUAAAAGAAUUAAAAGAAGCCACGAAGUCGCAUAGAAUUAAAAAAAGUAAACACAAAUCUCCGUUCGAGCGAAUCACAAAUGAAAACGAUGAAACCUCAAAAAUAUCACAAAAUUCACUAAUUCUUUUUGAAGAUAUUGAUCUUAUUUUCGAGGAGGAUGAAGGAUUCGUUUCUGCUACGUAUCAAUUAGCGUUGAACACCAAACGACCAAUUGUUAUGACAAGUAGAGAUACAUGCCCUCAUUUGAAUAAAAUAGCACCACAACAAAACAAAGUUUACUUUCAUAAAGUGAGUGGUAACAGAGUGUCUGUUUUGCUGGAAUUAAUUUCGCUGGCAGAGACAGGUUACAGGCUUCCAGACGAUUGCCUGAUGACAUUAUUGCAAGCGGGCGAUCUAAGGCAGGCACUGCUCCAGCUGCAAUAUCUGUCGUUAUCAGGUCCACCAAUAUUAUCGGAACAAUCUACGACGAUGAAGUCGUCACUUUGGCAAGACAUGCAACAUUAUUUAUACAAGCCUACGAUUAAGCUAAACAAGAAGCCCAAGACGAAAGAUCUAGAUAUGAAAAACUCCAAUAAUGCAUAUAUAUUAAAUAAUUUAGCAGAGGAUUUGGACAGUUUAUCUCUAAUGUCGUCUUUAAUUGACAUUGAAGACACGACAUUGAAUAUGUCAAAGGAAAACGUGCAACCUAAUUUGUCUUUAGCUGAAAAGAUGUCUUUCUAUUCCGCCUUAGAUGACUUGAACAUAGAUAUAGCAAAUUUUAUAAACGACCAGGUACUAUAUAAAAAUUUCAAAGUGAACAAACACGUGCAAAAUCAAAGCAAUAUUAUUCUGAGGAAGCAAUUGAAUCGAGGAGUGGAUGUGGCACUAUCGCACGUAACAUCCGUAUGUUUAGAUCAACGAGUCAUAGCGUUAGAUUAUCUUCCAACUGCGCGAACGAUAUGUCGCGCGGAGGAAUCUCGCUCGUCUGCAAAUUCCAAGCGAGGCAGUCGAUUUUUCCAUUACCUGCACAGCCUAAAAGUGCCAACCGCGUCGAUGAAGCCGAAUAUCUUAGCCGCUGCAUGUAGAAUGUUACAAGAGAGAGAUAGUAAAACUGCAUCGAAGUGUAUAGUGAGUGUCACUAGUGAUUGAUACUUAAGAGAAAUAUAUACAUUUUUUCAUACAUGAUUAAUGAAAAUUUUACUGAACUUUAGCAUCGCGAUAUCAAUUGUGAAAUAAUAUCUCGAUGCUUUAAUAUGUUAUUUGUGUCUAACCAAGAUAUGUGUAUAUAAUGACUUAAUGCAUAUUGUUCCUUAUUGUAUAUAAAAAAUAUAUAAUAUUGCUAUAUU